GUCGCAGUGCGCAAUGGUAUUUCUCCGAAUGACCACCAUUUCGUGUGGGACCUGACCAACUCGGUGAAGUUCUUCCCUUGCGCCAAAGACCGCCGGUCAGCAGGGAUUGUACCAUGUGUUUUGCGCGGGCACGUGCUCUGGGAUACAAAGAUGGGGCGGCAGCUGACAGGCGCAGAGCUGAUGCGGGUACACGACUUCUGGAUGGAGACGGACACGGAGCUGCCGGAGGCCACGUUGAAGAGCCUUGCUGGCGACACCAUGUCGGUGGCCCCAGUUGGCUGCAUUUUGGCAGUCGCCUUAGCCAAUACUGUGGCUGGCCGAAGCGGCCAGACGCCCGACGCGGGAUCAGUGUGGAUAGGGCCCUCGGCGCGACGAGGUUUGGACACCAGCCUGGAUAAUCUCAUGAAGAUGGCCACUGCGGCGACGAAUGGUAAGCAGGCCGGCGAGAACCGCGAGAAACGGAAGCGCCACGUGAGAUCAAGCCAGAGCACAAAGGCGCGCGACCUCUACAAUAAAAUGUUCAGGUUGGAGAAGAAGAUGCUCGAUCUCUGGCAGUCCAUCGAGAGCGUCGACCACACGUUCAAUGAGGUGAACGUGCUAGUCGGCCAGAUGCUGCAGAUGCAGGAGGAUGCCCACUCGAGGAUCCCGCGCCAGCGGGUUUGA